ACACACACACACACACACACACACACACACACCCAAGCUCAUUCACUAACUGACUGACGAUGAAGAGAGCCAGAGGCGGCGGUGAUGAGGAAGCUCCCCGGCAGAAUGGCUCCGCUGGCCGAAGGAAAGGAGAUCAACAGCAAAGUGACGGGGACGACGGUGCAGGUGCCUUCGGCCCGGCUGACCUGCAAGACGACGACAAUGAUCCGGGACUCAGGAGAGAAAUCCGGAGCAAGUACAGAGACCUCAUCAACUCAGUGCAACAGAACAGGGAAGACAUGCUGAGUCCCUCCAACAACAAGCUCACAGAAGUUUUAGAGGAGGCAAACAAACUUUUUAAAGAUGUCCGGCAGGCGAGAGAAGCAGCUCUGGAUGCUCAGCUCCUCGUCGUGGCCACAGACCUGGGAAAGGAGAAAGCCAGCCAGCUGUUCGCUGAGGGAACUGCUUUUGAUCCAACAGCUUAUGCUGAGCACCUCUUGUCCUUCAUGGGUCUCAACCGACUGGAAGACGGCGAGGACGAUCAGCAGAACGGAGGUGCAGUUGAUGGUUAUCUGCCCCAGGAUGCUUGGCACAGAGUAGCGAGGAGAGCAGAGUGCUGUUUCAGGACGUCACCCUCCUUCCACUACAUGAUGGGUUCGUUCCAUGCGGAGCCACCUCCUCCAAAGCAGAGGAUAGAACGGCAAAGGAAGGCACCCAGCAAGGAAGCCAAAAGGAUGAUGCCUACUCAGCUGAAGAAAAUGGAAAGCUCCCAUCAAGAAGCGACAGAGAAAGAGGUGGAAAGGAUUCUGGGAUACCUGAAGAGUUAUUACCAAGAUGAUCCAACAUCCCCAAUAUCAUAUUUCGAGUUUGUCAUUGACCCCAGCUCGUUUUCCCGGACAGUAGAGAACAUUUUCCACAUGUCUUUUCUAAUCAGGGAUGGUUUGGCACGCAUGUAUCUGGAUAAUGACAAAUUGCCUUGUAUAGCACCUGUAGAGGAGGGGGAGGUGGAAGCUGGAGGAUCAUGCAGCCGUAAACAGUGCAUCGUCGCUAUCAGCCCAAAGAUAUGGAAGGAGCUCAUAGAAGCCUUCGACAUCAGAGACACAAUGAUUCAUCCUCCAAGCACGCAGAAUGAGUGACGGACCCUGCCACUUCUUGUUAGCUGAACCUGAACAUUGUUUUUAGGUGUGUUACGUUUUUAAAAAAAAAAAAAAAAAAAAAUCCAAAAAGACACAUUUGCAAAGACCCAGUAUAAGUCACACUAAGCUGUGACUAGUGACUUGAAAGCACAUUUAGUUUUAAUUUUUUUCUUUUUUCUUUUUUUUUUUACUGUUUUUAGAGGUUUGAAUAAUAAAAUAGAAAGAAGAGAAAGCUGGUACUGUUUUGUGUAAAUCUCAGGUGUUGAACUCGAUUUUAUUCUGUGUAAUGGCUCAGCACAAUAUACUGUAUUUAAAACGGCUAAUAAAUAAUAUUUAAAUUUUUAA